UCGUGUCAAUGAAGAUAAAUCCUUUCCACUAAUCCAUGUCUAUCCUUUUAAUCUGGGGUUUCAGAACGACGUUCAGACCUGUAUGAGGCACUGAGAUAGCAACACGAUGCUUCGCUGGCUUGGCAGAACGAAAUAAACAUUACUUCUUUUUUUUCUUUCAAAAGAGAUCUUGUAGUUUAGUUUGAUAGUAGGCCUAUAUUUUGGUAGUAUAGUUUCGGAGAGAAAAUGUUUCGAGGUUUUAGCCUGAGUUUCUGCUUGACAUUAUUUUGCUUCGGACCGUUUGUUUGCAGCGCGUGUCCGUCUCAAUGUAACUGCUUCUUUCACAAAUUAUCAGACGGAUCCAAAGCAAGGAGUGUCCUUUGCAAUGACCCACAGAUUACUCUGAUCCCACCCAACUUUCCUGCAGACACCUCGAAACUGAGGAUCGAGAAGACUGCCAUCACAAAGAUCUCCAGCGAAACCUUUCACUACCUCAACAGUUUGGAAUUUCUCUGGAUGUCUUUCAAUUCUCUGAACUCUUUGAAUGUAGACAGCUUCCGUGGCCUGAGAAGUCUGGACGAGCUGAGACUGGAAGGGAACGCACUCACCUCUUUCCCCUGGGAAUCUCUGACUGAUAUGCCCAACCUGAGGCUACUGGACCUACAUAAUAAUAAGAUAUCGUCGAUCCCGGCCGAGGCGACCAUUUACAUCAAGAACCUGACCUACCUGGACUUAUCUAGCAACAACCUGGCCACCGUACCUCCUGAGGUUCUCUCUAUGUGGUUAUCUGUGAAACCGUCUCAAGAAGACGGGGACAGUUCCAAAUAUAUUCUAGGUCUCCAUGACAACCCAUGGCUAUGUGACUGCCGGCUCUAUGACCUGGUCCAGUUCCAGAAGUCUCCGUCAUCCUCUGUGGUUCUGAUCGACACCAAGCUGCGCUGUGCUGACCCGGAGAGCCUGUCGGGGGUGCUGUUCAGCGAGACGGAGCUCCAGAGGUGUCAGGGGCCCCAUGUCCACACAGCUGUGGCCCGGGUCAGGAGCUCCCUGGGGAACAACGUCCUGCUACGUUGUGGGACUAUCGGAGUCCCAGUACCAGAGCUGUCCUGGACCCGGGCAGACGGCAAACAGAUGAACGGCACUGUUCAGGAAGAAGUUUCAAAGGAGGGAAUCAUUUGGUCCAUCCUGAGUGUGCCUGCCGUCUCUUACCGGGACUCUGGGAAAUACAUGUGCAAAGCGACCAACUUCGUGGGGACUGCAGAUGCCAUCAUCUCCCUGGUUAUUACAGACUCCUUUAAAAAUGAGGAACAAGGUGGCAGCUCCAAGACUAGAAACCAAAGAGGACGGAAAACCGGUGGAUUUGGGAAAGCUGCCUACCAGAAGAAACUUGUUGCCAGAUACAUACCUCCACCAACCACGACGGCAGCUAUGCCCAUCAUCGAGCCACUAGGACCGAGUGGUUUCACAGGGAGGUAUGAUAUCGAGAGCUACAGUAUUUUGGAUAGUGUGGCCGAUGGACAGACGCCCGGUCCUCCUGCCACGGAGCCGGCGAUUAUUAAGGAAGUGGAGAAGGAGGUUCUUAGCAACCUGGCAGCCAACGCCUCUUCUUUGCAGGCAUCGGCGCCGCCGGAGAGACGGGUGGUACGAUCGGUGAAGGUCAUCGGGGACACCGAUCACACCGUCUCCCUGAACUGGCGGGCCCCGACGGCCAAGAACACCACCGAGUUCAGCGUCCUGUAUGCCGUUUUCGGCGAGAGGGACAUGCGGAGGAUCAACGUAGGCGUGGGAAAGAACCGUAUCACCAUCGACGGCCUUGUGCCAAGGACAAAGUACAUCGCCUGCGUCUGCGUCAAAGGCCUGAUCCCUAAAAAGGAGCAGUGUGUAAUCUUCUCAACGGACGAGGCGGCCAGCGCAAGCGGCACCCAGAAGCUCAUUAACGUGGUGGUGAUCACCGUGGCCUGCGUGAUCGCUGUCCCCCUGACACUGAUCGUCUGCUGCGGGGCGCUCAAGAAGCGCUGUAAAAAGCUACUGGGGAGGAAAUCCAAAGAUAUUCAAGACUCAUAUGUAACAUUCGAGACCCUCUCCCCGGGACAGAAGCCUAAGGGGAUGGAGGGGGAGUACCUUGCCAGGCAACACCCAGACGAGUCCAACAGACUGCUCUCUGCUAGAUCCAGUGUGGACUCUGGGGCUACUUGUAGGAAUGAGGGACCCCCUAGUGAGUACUUUUGUUGAUACCAAAUGAAGGCCUCAACCUUUACAGGGCAGAGAAGUCUGUCCUUUCCAAGCAGAACUUAAGUUGGUUGGCUGGUCUCUUCUGGCAAGUGAUGUAUUGUAGAUGAGUGAAACUGCUCAGAGACGGGGCAGAAACCAAAGGACAGUUGCAUGGACAAGUGUGGUAUAUAUGUGAGUCUAGAUAAAUAGGAUAAAUAAAUGCUGACAUAACUGUGAUUAUACAGCCUUGCAGAAAUACAGGCCAACCUUGACCCGGUGAACUGUAAAAAAUAAAUUAAAAAAAAAACAGAAACAAUUUUUUUAUUUAAAAUGUGGAAGUAAGCAUUUUGUAUUUGUCAUGCACUUUUAAGGGGGUAACGUAGUGUAAGCAGUUGUCUUUCUUUGAAAUGACACUAGGGUUACACAGUUAUGCUAACUUUUACAAAAUUCCCAGGUUUUCCAGAAGUUCUUGGUGGAAUAAGGAAACCCAAAAUGGCACGUUCCUACCAGAAUGCAUGAAACCCAUCUUUUUAACAUACGGAGGAAGAGUAAUGACAGUUAUUCUGAAAUGAAUCUGACCUCAGAAUUCUGGUAGUAUUUAUUUGACGAAAUAAUGGACAUGUAAAGUAUUGGUGAAGCAACUCAUAUCUGUAGCGAUAUUUUGUACCUCUGUGUAUUUACCAUAAACGUUAAUGUGCCAGGUUUACUGUCCAAUCAAACCUAACAUACUAUACAUUUUGUAAUAUAUAUAUCUAUGAUCUGAUCUGAUAUAUCAGUACCAGUCAAAAGUUUGGACACACCUACUCAUUAAAGGGUUUUUCUUUAUUUUAAAACUUUUCUACAUUGUAGAAUAAUGGUGAAGACAUCAACACUAUGAAAUA